AAAAAUAUGAACCAAUCCUUUAAUCAAGUGGACCACUCAUAUGGCUAGUUUGUCUCUGUAGUAUCAAUAAUAUUAACGUAAAAUACAGCAGAGUUUUCAUCUGUGAAAAGUAGAAAUCAGGUUUCUUAAAUGUUAUUAUUUUUGAAAAGUAUGAUUGCAGGGAAGCUCUCACUAUUGAUCAGUUAUGAGCUGGAAGAGCCAGCUAGGAGCUAUUUUCCCCUGAUGACCAGACUGAUCAGUGUUUGCUGGACAAACCUUUACAGCACAAUAAUAAAAAAUAAUUUGUACCCUUUCAAGGGACAAUUCACCUGCGUACAUUGCACUUUUUGUACAAUGCAGGUUCAUUAUUCUAAUGUUAUUCUGAUAAGAGCUGCAUUUUUUUUUCUUAAGAUAAGGCUGCAUAUAUUAUUGAAAAAAACAUGAUUGAUAUACGUGACAAGCGGUGGGCUAACACUGCCUGCAAAGGAGGGAGGCACUGACGUCAAUUAAGACCCAACAUAUACUUACCAAACUCCAAUCAACACUAUAGUCUUGGUAGUCGGCCCAGCUUUAGUGGUAAGUAGUCUUUUAUUGGAAGAUAUUCUAGUUGUAUUGCAUUUUGAUUACGUUUAUAGUAUUAUUUAAAUUUAGGCCUAUAUUAUGUUUUUUUUUUUCUGGUUAGUAACUGUUACUUAUCAGGACUAUAUGCCACUAUUCAGUGUAAUAUUUAUUUAUUAGCCAGCAAUAAGACUUACACAGACUGACAUAUUAGUUUGCAGAUGUAGCCUGGAAUGCAAUCUAGGUAACAUCAAGCAGUUAAAUUGCAAAGAAAAUGUUUUGAGAGGUGUUUUCAGAGUGUUUACUAAGCUGCUAAACGAGCUAAAUAAUCAAAUGUAGCUUAAUCAACUUGUUAAUUGAACUUAAUUGAUGAUUCAGUAGUAGAAACAGCUUAAAUGUGGUAUGUUUUGCCCUGUGCAGAUGGUCCCGCGGCUCCUGAACAUACCUGCGGCCACAGUGUUUGUGCUGAGCUGCAUGUGUGCCGCGCCGCUGCAGGGCCAGAAGCCGGGCCAGGUAGACCCGCUGACGGCCCACCGGGCAAACCCGCAGUGCUGGGACUCCUCCUCGGCUCUGCUGCUCGAGAUGCGCUCCCCAAGGAUCGCUGACACAGUGCCCGCCUUCUGGGACCUGAUGGUGUUUCUAAGGUCUUCAGACAACAACAAACACACGGAGCUGUUCUGGGACCUGGCCCGGCUCUUCUGGGACAUUUACGUGGACUGCGUGCUGUCCAGGAGUCACGGCCUAGGGAGGAGACACAUCACCGCGGUACACUCCCUCAUCACUGACAAGUCCUUCAAGUUCAACAGCUCGGGGGCAUAUCUGUGGGCGUGGCUCAGCGUCAGAGUGAGACGCAGCGGUCACAUCAAGACCCUGAAGACCAAACCAAAACCAAACACUCACUAACACAAAUAAUCAGUGACACUCUGUUGUUGAUUGACUUUAUUCAUGAUUUACUUCCCAACUAAAAAAAACAGACUAUUUCACUGUAAUCAUUGCUACAGGAACAUGGAGGAUAUGUGUUGUUGCCAAUAGUGAGUUUUAUUGACAUUGUCAUGAACAUAUGUUAUUGUUUGUGUGUAUGUGUGUGUGUGGCAUCAGUAUAAUAUCUGUAAAGCACAAUGAGGUGUCCUGAUAAAUGAAAAUACCAUGCAGAGUGCAGGCCUCAUCUGACUGCAUUAUUUUAUUUUAUUUAAUUCUGUAUCAGGACAAGUGUAUUAUUACACUUUCAAAGAAAAGAAGCAGUGUGUUUAAUUCUUUCCCCUACAAGAGUUAAAG